GUUGUUGGUGUUUUAAAUAAAGGCGAGAAAUACAUUUUUGGAAUUUGAAAUUUUAUACUUUAACUAAAAGGUUUUUAGUUACUCGCCAGUCUAAACAGCUUUUAAAACGUGUUGUUGAAAAGUUUGUUACAAAAAAGAAACUAACUAAAGGAAAAAUAACAUUUUAGAAAGUUCUUGAAGUUGUUAGAAAAAAAAACAACAAAAGGCAACAAUAAAGGGAAAAACACACACACAUACCCUAAAAUAAAAACGAAGUUUAAGCCACAAUUUGCUAAAAGUUAAUACGUUUGAAGCAAACAUUUUAUAACAGAACAUUGUAAUAAAUUUCUUAAAGUAGCAAAAAGUCUGUUAUACAACUAAACCAACUGGCAGCAACAACAGCUAUUCACAACAAUAGUCUAAAAAACACACAUAUACACACACACAAUCUAACAAUGUAUAUACAACAAAAUUGGCACACAGUUGUGGAUUAUUUCCGGCCAAGCAGGAAAUGCUUUUCAUUUAACGGAAGUUUACUAUUUCUGCUUAUACUCCUAGUCGGUGGCAUAGCUCAUCAAACAGCUGCUCGACCCAGUCAUGAUGAAGAUUUACCACCAGGUUUUAAUGUUAACGAAGAAUUUCGAGAUGUCGAUAAUUUAGAGAUACAUCGUGUUAAGGUGGUGGAUGGUGUGGCGCAAGAAGAUCAUCCGAUUAUUAUAUAUAAAGAGGAUCUUGUUAAUGAAGAUUAUGUACCUCCCAAAAACGAAACUAAAGCGGAAAAACACAAACGUCGUUAUAAAGACAUUGCCCACCGAAGACGUCAUAGCAGACAAAAUAUGACCGAUGUUGUAAUAGAGGAGAAACCCGAAAAAAUGCUCUUUGAUAUUAUACCCGAAAAACCACUAAUUGUACCCGAAGAUAUGGAAAAGCAUAGAAAAUCUCAUAUGAAGUUAGUGCCUUUGAUCGAUGACUUUAGUGUGUUGAAAGAUAUGGAAACCGAAGAAACCCCUGCGAAAGAAGAACUACACAAGAGACCAAAGAAAUUCCAUCGUCGUGUAAGACGUAGCACUAAUGGUGAACAUAUUGUACGUAAACGUAAUCCAUAUUUUAGACAUUUGCCCAAGGUAUCGGGAGAAGUGCCCACUCAAGUACAAUACAUCUAUGUAAAACAUGCUGUACCUGGUAAAAAACACAAUGGUUUAGAUAUACCAGUAGCUGGUCCCAAACCCACUACCAAUGCCAAAGUUCCCAUUUCAUUUGAUAAUCGCGUGGCAGCUGAUGAAAAUGAUCGUGUAAUCUUUGCAAGUGGUAGACCUACACAACGUCCCACUAGUAGGCCCGCUGAGUCAAUUUUCCGUGAUCCCAGACCAGAAAAUUUCGAUUUCAGUUUUAUGAACCCUCAACGUCCUGCUACUACCACCCGCACACCAAUUUUUACCCGCCGCCCUGAAGCAACAAGCAGACCACAACCAGAAUCAAUAUUCCGUGAUCCCAGUCCUGCAAAUUUUGAUUUCAGUUUUAUGAAUCAAGGUCAACAAACACAACAACAAACUUCGGUGGCUAGAGCACCUACCGCAAGUCCACAACCGGCAUCGGAAGCCGGCAUCUCACAAUGUGUGUGGGCCAUAGUGAAUUGUUGUUCGAGUCGUAAUUCGGAAAUACGUUACUCCUGUUUCGAACAAAAUGGUUGUUAUGGUGCCUUUUGGGGUUUAAAUCCUUGUGCUGAUAAUGUGCGCGAUACCUUUAUAAAUUAUGUGGCAGACUAUUAUAAUUAAGUGGAAGAGAAAAGUGUUAGAGUUAAAACCAAAUACUUAUUUAGCAACCGAAAGUUGUUGAAAAACAAAAAAUCAUAAGGAUGGAAAUUUUUGUCCAUUUAUAAUAUUUAUAAUUAACAAUUUUUAUUUUGUUUUGUUAAAGUAAGAAAAAUGUCUUCUUUUUUUCUCAUUUAUAUUAGUUUUAUAAGUGUACUUAAAUGCACAGAAAUUAUGAAUAGAAAGAAAAGUACUAAAUUAGAGACAAAAGUCUCUUAUGUAGUAAUUGUUGCAAAGCGCAAGUAAACCAGGAAAAUUUUUAUCUUAACUAAUAUUUAAUUGGUUUUAUUAG